AUGCGGUUUUUUGUUUCCGCAGAUGAAAGCGGAAAUGUCAAGGAGGUCGUGUGCUCAAAGGGAACCGACACCUCCAAAAAAGACGGCCAGCAGCCGGACUUGGUGCAGAACCUCCUCCAGAAACAUGACUUGACCACGGUGAAAACCCGCAUAGUCCACUUGAAAACAUUUCAGGAGAGAUGGAUUGUGACUGCGCGCCUCGGGGGCUUUCUAAACCCGGUGUCAUUGGUGGCUUUCGAGGAGCACGACUUUGUGCUUGUGGCGUUUGAAUCAGCCAAAUUGUUUGUUGUGCAUUUCGAUGGCGGCAAGUUCACCACGGCCCCUCUUUGCAUUGCUCUCCCCCCUCGCCAAACAAAAAACCCCACAACACUCAGUGCAUUCGUGGCCAACCCGUACGUGGCAGGUGUUUUCGCGUACGGCGGAAAAGAUAACGAUCUCCAGGUCAUCAGGCUCUUUGACAGCAGCAAGAAAUUCAGCAACGCCGACUUUGCGGACCUGAAAUCCUGGAAGGUGAAGACGCUCUUCCAGGCCGAGAACGUCGAGCCAGACCACUUGGACUUGGAGGUGCCGAUCUGGAUCACUAACAUUUUGUUCAUGCAGGGCGAGGCCAAGAAGAAGUUUAAGCUCGUCACCGCCACGAAAUAUGGCCACAUCCGGAAGUACAAUACCGCGGAGGACACUGAACCAACAGAGCUGUACAAGGUGUGCGACAAGCCGAUCAUUUCGAUGGUUUUUGCUUCGGAGAACCAGGACGAGGUCAUUAUUUCGGACACACAUACAUUUGUGGCCAAGUUGUCCUUGACGCAGGUGGACAAGAAAGCCCACCGGAUCAUUUCUGCGUCUGCAGGCACAUUCUACAAGCCCAGCUUGAAGCUUCUUGGCAAGUUUUCAGAAGGAGGAAAUACAGGUGCCAUCUAUGGUGUGGAUGUGUCUUUUAAUGCAGGGCUUGUGGCCAUUGGUGGCCUUGAUCGGUACUUGCGUGUGUUUGACAUUGGGAGCCGGAAGCUUGUGCUGAAGGUGUACCUAGGGACCCAGAUCAGCACAAUCAAGAUGCUUGACGACACUGAUAGCGGCGACAAGGAGGGUGAUAAGAGAGAUGCGGAAGAAGAUGACGAAUUUUGGAAUGCUCUUGACGAGGGCAAGGACACCAACGGUGGGGCACCUUUGCUUAAGAAGAGAAAGAGAAACAUAUAG